AUGGCCGAUUCUGAUCACCUGACAAAGAAGCCUCGGGUCAGCCUUGGCCUGAUGACAUUUGGUCCUCCAGGGUCCGAAGCUUACGGAACCAGAAUCACAUCUCUGGACGACUUCAAUCAAUGCUUAGACUGCUACCAGUCACGGGGCUACAACGAAGUUGACACAGCACGCACUUAUGUCAAUGGGCUUCAAGAAGCAUGGACUGAGGCUGCAAGGUGGCGCGAACGGGAGCUGGUCUUAGCAACGAAGUGGUACCCAUACGUCCCCGGAGAGCACUCUAGAGCGCAGGCUAACGAGAAUUUCGCAAAGAGCUUAAAAGAGUUAGGCACCGGCUGUGUCAAUAUCUUCUAUUUGCAUGCGCCUGACCGAUCUGUUCCAUUUCAGGAGACUUUGGAAGCUUGCAAUAAGCUGUAUCAAGAUGGUAAGUUUAAGCAAUUAGGCCUUAGCAACUACGCAGCUUGGGAGGUAGCUGAGAUAUGGAACAUCGCCGACCAGAAGGGCUGGAUCAAGCCAACUGUUUAUCAAGCAAUGUAUAACUGCUUAACUCGCACGAUCGAGGAGGAACUGAUCCCAUGCUGUCGAAAAUACAGCAUUGACAUCCUCAUCUAUAACCCAUUAGCCGGCGGUGUUCUCAGCGGCAAAUACCAGAGUAAAGAGAUUCCGGAAGAUGGUGGCUGA